AUGCAAGAAAAUAUUGAACACAGUUUGAUAUAUUCGGCGAGUCCCGCUACAGCUACCACAGAUCCUUGCAAAUAUAAUCCUUCUAAACCUGAUUUUAGAGCACCUGGCCGCAGGAUAAGUGAAGCCAAGUGCCUUGAGUAUAUAUGGGAACGACAAAACAGGGCCGCCAAGAGUAAAAACGCUUCCAAAUUUAAAAAUAUCUUUAAUAUAAGGAAAGUUUUUCAAGAAUUUUUACAAAAUGAAUCCGGAUCAGAUAGGAAGAAUAUAUUUAUAACAAUAAAACGAGAAUUAGCAAUAAUUCUACAGUUUUCUAAACAUAAUCUUAAUGACUGCGUUACCGGAGGAAGGUUGAAAAAAGUGAAAAAAAAACAAAACCGUCCAGGAAGCUUAAGAAAGACUUCGGCUAUCGGCGGAAGGAUGACGCUACCCGGAGAAUUCCCACACAUGGGCGCACUUGGUUGGAGAGUUAUAAAUAGCACGUGGUUAUUCAAGUGCGGCUGCACACUUAUCAGCUCCAAGUACACGCUCACCGCCGCUCACUGCUCCAAAUCUCCAAGAGACUCAAACUUAGUGAAUCAGGUUCCUGAAAUCGUCAGACUCGGUGACAAGAACAUUAUUGAUGUAUACUCAAAUCAUCAACUGCCAAUCGAUGCUAAAAUUAUCAGAAUCAUUGUACAUCCGCAGUACUCAGCUCCAAAAAAAUAUUUUGAUAUAGCACUCGUAGAAAUAGAGGAACAUAGAGAAUUUACAAGCAACGUGCAGCCUGCCUGCCUUUGGCCUCAGUUUAACACCGACAGACUCGGUACAUCGGCUACUCUCACUGGAUGGGGGGUUAUCGAAACAGCUACUAGGACCGUUUCUCGUGAACUGCAGGCUGCUGUAGUCGACAUCAUAGACUCGAAGCAGUGUGACUCACUACUGCGACCAUUCUGUAGCAGACACUGGUGCGGUAUUAAGGAUAGUCAGCUAUGCGCGGGGAAACUCGAAGGUGGAGUGGAUGCUUGUCAGGGUGAUUCGGGUGGACCGCUACAGAUAAAGAUAAAUCUUACUGAAAAUCUAGAAGGUUCCAUGCACUUCGUGAUAGGCGUGACGUCGUUCGGCAUCGGGUGCGCGCGCCCCAACCUGCCCGGCGUCUACACGCGCGUGUCCAGCUUCGUCGACUGGAUCGAGAGCGUCGUGUGGCCGGGACAUUAGAUAAAUUAUUAGUCAUUACGAAAUAACAUGAUGUUUAGAAUGAAAUAUUGUUGUUACUAUUUUUAUACCAAAGAGCUCGACGGUUGUAUUAGUAGAUAUAUGUUUAGUUAAGCUAGAAGUUAUCAACAAUAGUUAUACAUAAAUAAACAGUAUUAAAUGUUUAAACCCAA